GGAUUUGUCGCAUGCCGCAAGGCGAACGUGGGAAAUUGGGGAAAACUUCCGUUACCUGAGAUUUCUUCCUUGGAUAAACCUACGACCCCCAAAGAUAACCUAAGGGACGCUGCCGGAAAUAAAAGUCAAGAUAGGGCCAACGCGUUGCCACCUUUUAAUGCAAUUUGGAACGUCUCAAAGAUAUCGCUCACUACAGAAGGGAUUGGCUUAGAGUCCUACCCUCACGGUUGUGUUGCCGACAUGUAUCACAACCACACUUCAUUUGCUGCUGCUAUUAACUCAACAUUUCUGUUCGUAGUGACCGUAAAAGGAAUCCUUCCACUGCUUGCAGGCUGUUAUGCUGGACAUCCUGCACCGACAAAUUCUUCGUAUACGGUUUUGGCAACGGAACGGAUAAGAAAAAAGCCUCCACCCGUCAUCGAAGCUCGACCGAAGGUGAAGUUGACGAAGAAACAGAAGAAAUGCAUGAAAGUGCGCCGUAAGAGGGCUGCAAGGAUGAAAAAGCGAGUAGAAAAACUUCGUAAAGAAGCAGAGAAACAGAAAACGGAGUUGUUGAAGAAGACGGUCAGUUUCCUAGUUGUCACUUCCAUAGGUUGUAAGUAA